AGUGAAAAUGAGCUAAGUUAUAUUAAACAAACAAUUUUUUUCUUUAUUAUAAGCAUUAUCAAUUUAUUGAAUCGAUGAAUAUUCAUUUCUUCUAUGAUUUCCUUUUUCCGGUCAUGAAGAAGUCUACAUUUAUAAUUGUCGAAAAAGAAGUAAUGAAUGACCUUGUUCAUGAAAUAUUUGUACAAGAUUUUCUUUUGUUAAUUGUUGAAUUUCUUUUUUUCUUCUUCUGUGAUAUGAUCAUUUUAUUCGAUUGAUCUCCUAUAUUAAUCAUUCCGUUGAAUUCGAUUACUAGUAUCAUUCGAAUGAAUCUCUUAUAGAAAUAUUUCAUUUUGAAAAUAAAUUUCGACUUUAUUAUCUAAUAUUUAAUAGGAAAUAAAUUGUUUAUUUCAUUUCGAUGUUAAUAUUUGUUAGAAGGACUGGUCAUAAAUUAAUUUAUUACCGUUUUCACCGAAAUCAAGUAAAUUUUCAAAAUAUCAAUAGAAAAAUUCAUCGAAAGAUCAAACAUGAAACAUCAAAUAUUCGAAGUUUUUUUUUUUUAAGUCCAUUAAGUUCGAUUGACAACAGAUAAAUAAAAUAUUUCUUAUUAACAUCAAUUUUCAUUUUGAUCACAUUGAAAGAUAAUUAUUUUAAUUAAAAAAUGUUUUUUUUUUUUAUGACAGUUAGACAAAAGUAAGAUCUCCUAGGCUAUCAACACUAUCAAUAAAGACAUUGCUUGCUGAAUAUGUAGACAUUAAUUUUCAUUCGUUGAUUCACACGAAAUAAGUGUUUUUAUAUACCCUCAAGAAUUUUAUUACAGAUGAAAUUAACAAUAAAUAUGAUGUUAUAAAUUUACAAACAAUAAUGAAUGGUUUAGAUUUUUUAAAGUUAAUAUUUAAUGAAAAAAAAACAAUUUUUAGAAAAAACAAAUAUGUCCUUGUUUCAGCAACAUAAGUUUGCAUGGUUAUAAUUAUGAGUGACAAGUUUUUAAAAACAAUGUUUCUUUUGAGGUUUACAACAGAAUGUAACAUGUGUGGGUGUCCUUGGCCUUUUUGUUCCUUGUAUAUCGGCUUUUUUUUUGUGCCGAUGAAUGAUUCAUAUUUUGUGUUCUCUGCUUCUUGUCUUUCUCUCUUUGUCGAGUCGAGACAACAAAAUGACAUAUAACGCAAUUUUUCGUUGCUUUUUUCUUUUCGUUGUUCUUCAUCUCCAAUCUAUUAACAUUGUCCUCUCUUCGUCUACAGGGACGACGAUGACGAUGACGAUGACUAAAUAAACUUCAGCCAAGUUGCAAUUAAAGUUUGGAACAUGAAUGAACGAUAGAAAAGAAGAAUUGAACCUUUUCUUCUGUUUGCCUCCGUGCGACAAUAAGACGAAGCGGAGGCAAAAGAAAAAGUUCAUAUUCUUUCUCUUUUCUAUACUUACGGGCAAAUUACACUUCUUUCAGUCGGUCGGCCCGUUAACGAGCAAGCAGUAAGCGAACAUAGGAAGCGCGCGCGUGUGGCAUAUAUUUUUCGAUCUUCAUCCGUGCUAUACUACCUUUUAUGAGACCACAUAGAAAGAGAGAGAGACUAAAAAGAAAAAGAAAAAGAAAAAAAAGAAAAGAAAGAAAGAAAUGAGUUUCUCUCGAUGUAUAGUCAAGUCAGUGUCAACGAUAUGCAUUGAAAAAGAAAGAAGAACAUAAACAGAUAAUGAAAAUGACAAAAUUUACGAUAGUUCUUCAUUGUUUUCUAAUAUCUAUUUUAUCAAUAAAUUCUCAGCAACUUCAAUGGAUUUUACUCAGCGAUGGUUCAAGUCCAGAUACACCAAUGCCAAGACGUGAUGCUGCACUUGGUUUUGAUUCAUCAUUUCUUAUUUUAUAUGGUGGUCGAGAUCAAUCUGGAAUGCCUCGUCAAGAUACUUAUGCAUUCAAUAUUCUUCAAGGUAUGUGGGAACCACUUAAUUUUCCAAAUGCACCAUCUCCUCGUUAUGGUAUGGCAUCGGCUAGUUCAAUAGGUAGUGGUUUAUAUAUAUAUGGUGGUUUUGGUAUGCAAGGUUCAUCACAAUUUUAUAAUCCAUAUUCAGCUUAUGGACAAUCAGGACUUGCAAGUUAUAAACAAAAUCCUGCCGGAUCAGAUAAACAAAAGGCAAAAACUAUAAAUAAACGAGAUGCACCUGCUGCUAUGCAUAAACAAAAUCCAGGAGUUAUGAAUAAACAAAUACCUAAUCCAAUGAAUCCUAUGGGACAUAAUAAUUAUAAUGAUGAUGAUGAUCGUACUGAUGAAAAUUUUUAUGCAUUACCAGAUUCUUGGUUUCUUAGUUAUGCAACAAAAAGUUGGCAACAAACACAAACAUCUCAAUAUGGACGUGGUUUUGGUUCAGCAGCUGCUACACCAUAUGCAAGUGGUUUACCAAGAAUUAUUUAUAGUAUGGGUAAAUCACGUGAUUGGAUGUAUUCAACUGUUGAAACAAGUGGUCAAGUUACAGCAGGUUUUAGUCCAAUUGGUGCAGGACAACCAGCUAUAAUUAUGUAUGAUUUAUCUUCAUUUAAUCCAUCGUAUCCACAUGCUCGUUACGGUCAUUCAACAACAUUACUCACAGAGAAUCAUCUUCUGCUUUAUGGUGGUUGUCUAAGUGGUUAUGGUAAAGGUGGUCCAUGUCCAUCAAAAGAUUCAUGGUUAUUAUAUAUUGAUCGUGGACAUUGGGAACGUCUUUGGGAAUGUCCAACAACAAAAACAGGUGCUGCUAUGGUUACACUUCCAUCAUAUAGUGUAUGUGCAUCAAUGGGUCAAGGAAUAUUUGGUGGAUGGUCAGGAAUUAAUAUAGGAAAUGAUCCACCAGUAGCUGUUUUAUGGGGUGGUCGAGAAUUUAAUCCAUCAUCUAUUCGUUCUUAUAUAAGUCCACCUGAUGAAGUUGCUGUAUUUAGUUUAAGUCAAAAAGAAUGGUAUUUAAAAAGAGUACGUCCAUCUUCAACAGGUAAUUUUCCAAUGCAACGAGAAGGUGCUGCUUUUGUUGCUGGAUGUUUUCAAGGUGCACCGGGUAUGUUUGUUUAUGGUGGACGAAGUGUUAAUAAUCGUCGUUUACUUCUUAAUGAUCUUUGGUUUUUACAAGCAUCACCACAAGAUGCAUUAAGUUCACCUGGUUCACGUGGAUGUAUUUAUCCAUUUUCAUUUUAUCAUCUUCAUGGAAUAUUUCAAUUUUUUACUUAUGGUGUAAUCUUUCCAAUUGGUUAUUUAGUUGGUCGACAUGCCAUAAAUUUAUCUGUUAGACGACCAUUACAUAUGGCUUUACAAGUAAAUAGAUAUUUAAUAG